GAGCCCGCCUCAGCCCGCCGCCCGCCGGGGCCGCCGCCCGCCCGCCGCCGGCGGUAGAGAGCCGCUGGGCCGGCAGGCGGCCGCCCUCGCGGGGAGGCGGAGGGAGCCGCGGGGUCUCCAUGAGGGCUUGCGGCAGCCCCAGGCCGGGCCUGCCCAGGCGGCUGACUCCUCCCUUGGGGAAGGAGGGUGCGCUGGGGCCGCCUCCGCCGCCGCCCGCCGGGGCCGCCGCCGCCGCCGUGUGACUGGGAGCGCGCAGCCCCGAGUGGCUGCGGGGCGCCGGGCCUGAGCCGGCGGGCGUCGACACCCUGCCCCCGCGGGACGGGGCCUCCUGGGCCCGGCCCGGCCCGCCGCGCCUUCCCCGCCCGCCGGGCUCCCCGCCGGCAGCGACGAUGUUUUCUCUCAAGCAGCCCAAACCCACCUUCAAGUCCUACCUUCUGCCGCUGCCUCAGGCUGAAGACCACAUAGGGUCAGAACCAAGGAUUAAAAAACUGGAACCAGUACUUUUGCCAGGUGAAAUUGUGGUAAACGAAGUAAAUUUUGUAAGAAAAUGCAUCGCAACAGAUACAAGUCAAUAUGACCUGUGGGGCAAAUUGGUUUGCACUAACUUCAAGAUUUCCUUUAUUACGGAUGACCCAAUGCCACUACAGAAAUUCCAUUAUAAAAACCUCCUCCUUGGUGAACAUGAUGUCCCACUAACAUGCAUUGAGCAGAUUGUCACAGUGAAUGACACCAAGAGGAAGCAGAAGGUCCUUGGUCCCAACCAAAAACUUAAGUUUAAUCCAACUGAAUUAAUAAUUUAUUGCAAAGACUUCCGUAUUGUCAGAUUUCGUUUUGAUGAAGCGGGUCCUGAAAGUGCAAAAAAGGUGUGCCUUGCAAUAGCUCAUUAUUCUCAGCCAACGGAUCUUCAGCUUCUCUUUGCAUUUGAGUAUGUUGGGGAAAUAUAUCAUAAUCCAGCAAAGAAGGUGAAUGGAAUAGACCCAGGAGGUGGUGGUAGCGGCAUCGGCAGUGCCAGUGGUCAGCAGACACCUUUGUUUGAAACUUACUCUGAUUGGGAUAGAGAAAUCAAAAGGACAGGUGCAUCAGAGUGGAGAGUUUGUUCAGUCAAUGAAGGUUAUAUGAUAUCUACUUGCCUUCCAGAAUAUUUUGUGGUUCCAUCUUCCUUAGCAGAUCAAGAUCUUAAGCUGUACUCCUACUCUUUUAUUGGGAGACGAAUGCCAUUAUGGUCCUGGAAUCACCCUAAUGGGAGUGCCCUUGUAAGAAUGGCUAACAUUAAAGAUGUAUUGCAACAAAGAAGAAUUGAUCAAAGGAUUUGUAAUGCAAUAACUCGAAGCCAUCCUCUAAGAAGUGAUGUUUACAAAUCUGAUCUGGACAAGUGUCUCCCCAACAUCCAGGAAAUCCAGGCUGCACAUAUCAAACUCAAACAGCUGUGUGUUAAUGAGCCUUUUGAAGAAACUGAAGAGAAGUGGCUAUCCUCACUGGAAAAUACUCGCUGGUUAGAGUACAUUAGAUCAUUUCUUAAGCAUUCUGCUGAGCUUGUAUAUAUGAUGGAGUGUAAGCAUGUUUCUGUAGUUCUACAAGAGGAAGAGGGACGGGACCUGAGCUGUCUUGCCGCUUCUCUCAUUCAAGUCAUGCUGGAUCCCUAUUUUCGAACAAUUGUUGGAUUUCAAAGCUUAAUACAGAAGGAAUGGGUCAUGGCAGGAUAUCAGUUUUUAGAUAGGUGUAACCACUUAAAGAGAUCUGACAAAGAGUCUCCUUUGUUCUUGAUGUUUCUUGACUGUGUUUGGCAGCUGCUAGAACAAUACCCAGCAGCCUUCGAGUUUUCUGAAAUGUACUUGACCAUAUUGUACGACAGUGCACGUAUCUCAUUGUUUGGCACUUUCCUUUUCAAUUGUCCUCAUCAGCGAGUAAAGGAAAGCACUGAAUUUGCCAUAAGCAAAAAUAUUCAGCUGGGUGAUGAGAAAGGCCUCAAAUUUCCUUGUGUUUGGGACUGGUCUCUUCAGUUUACAAGCAGGGAUCGCCUGCUCUUUCACAACCCUUUGUAUAUUGGGAAGAGUGCGCCAUGUGUACAAAAUGGAGCAGUGAAAACUUUUAAACGCUCAAAGAAAAACUACAGCUCCACAUUGCGAGGCGUCCCCCCAGCAUUAAAAAACGGAAUCAUCAGUGAGCAAGAGUUCCUUCCAAGAAGAAACUCUCUGAUACUAAAACUGAAACCGGACUUUUUACAGCAAACAGAGAGUCAGAGUAACAGUAUGGAACAGUACUUCAGAGACUGGUUUGCAAAGCCUGUUGAUUUGCACGGUGUAAUUCUGCCCCAUAUCUCUGGAACACAAAUAAAACUGUGGAAACUGUGCUACUUCCGCUGGGUUCCUGAGGCCCAGAUUAAUCAUGGUGGCUUCAUCACUGCUUUCCAUAAAGUUUCUUUGCUGGCAGAUGAAGUAGACAUGUUAAACCGGAAUCUUCGGCAGUACAAAAGCAACUCUUCUUUGCAAGGCAGCUGCUCAGAACUGGAUCAAAGCAGGAUGUACUUCAGAGCAAAUAGUUUAAAUGACACCUCUGAGGCCCCAGACUUUCUCUCUUCCUCAUUCCCAUUUUCUCCUGUAGGGAACCUAUGCAGACGGAGCAUUCUGGGGACACCUUUAAGCAAAUUUUUAAGUGGGGCCAAAAUCUGGCUAUCCACUGAGACACUUGCAAAUGAAGAUUAAGAUGAUGCGGUGGUUUAAAGGUUUGGGGAGAACACAGCAUAUCAUUUUGUCUUUUCUAAGUUAACACUGCUAAAUGCGGCAUUGAAAGCUGUAAUAAUUUUUAUAUACAAACGUUAUGUAAGUUUUGCACAAAUAUUUAAAAGCAAAGCGAGUCAUGCUUCAAAUCGCACAAUUUUGUCUUCAGUAGUUCUCAUCUGCUAGGGCUUCUGGUCCCUAAUUUCUUCUGUAUUUUUGUGGUUUUGGCUUAUUAUAUGCGAUGGGGCAUUUCAUUAGCUAGUUGAAAGGCAUGGUGUGGUCAUUAACAAGGCUUCUGCUUGAAAUGUCUUUUUUCCCAGAUAGUGACUGAAGUGACUCUUGUGCCAAAACAGCUUGGCAAAUCAAAGUAGUUCAGUGCAGUGGACAGAGACCGACAGCUGAAAUCUGGGAACAAGCUAUUUUAUCAGAUUGCCUCUUCAGGAAGAAUACUUACAUGCAUACAUACAUACAUACUAACGUUCCGUGACUUGGAUCAUCCUACAUAUGUGUUAAUGCAGGGUGUAUCCAUGGGGUGGUUGUUCCCUUUUCUUUCUCUCCCCAAAAGGUAUUCAUUAACAAUUAGUCAGAUUUGUGCUCUUUGUCAUGAGCUUGACUUUAGACUAUAGGAAUCAACUUCAGGACAAUGCACUGUUAACCUUAAAACAUUACUGUAGAUAUGGUAUUGCAGUAGCUUUAGAAGUGCCUUUAAUUGGGAGGAAACAGUAGCAAGAUUACUCUAAUGCAGCUGACCUGACACCCCCCCCCCCCCCCCCCCCCCCCCCAACUUUUUACAGUAGGUUGUUACGGUAAGUUAUUGUUCCAUCCCCUGCAUCCUCCUCUCCAUUUCUGGAAAUAACAGAAGGCCAGCUCAAGAGACAGCAGGUUUUUCCUCUUUAAGGUUAAGCUCAUUUGUAAGUCUCAUGAGAGCCUCACUUUUUAAUGUAAGCACCUCAAAUACUCAGCAUUGUAUCCCUGCAUGGAUCCUGAUCCCUGCCAACCCUCUCCUCAUCCUGUUGCAGGAUGAAGUAGCUUUCAGCAGAAUUCAUACUUAAGCCCUACUCAGUUCCAGAAAGGAGGACAUGCUCCAAGUGGCCAAAUCCACGAGGGGUGCUAGUGCUGUUGUAAGCAGGUGCUGGAAGAAGAGCGGUUAGUGGUGCCGCCUUCUUACAUACAUGCAUGUCCAUAUGGACAGUGCAAUGGACAAGUGCUGCUUGAGGGAAUUAAAUCCAACAGCCUCCUCUGUUUAAUGCAGUAGCCUCCUCUUCACUCUAAAAGCUUUUAAAUGAUACCUCUCCCCUGGAUGCUGUGCCAGAAAAUGUCUCAAGUUUCAUAGGGAGAAAAGCAAGAAAGUAUACUGGGAGAGUGGAGGAAUAGUAAUGUGUCAUUCUCGUAGGUUAAGGCUUUUGUUGGCUGCCUUCUCUUAACAGUGAGGCUGUAUUUUGUAUUAACUGAUUUCUGUGUAAAACACAAAUGCUAUUGAACCAAUGCCAAGCUUCUAUUCAGGUGCUGACUCACAGGUUAAGGCACCGAAGGCCUUGUAUAAUAGACUACAAGCUGUUCUCAGUUAUCGGGGAGGGGGGUGAAAAAGCUGUACGAUAAUAAUAUGCAGUAUAUUACAGUUUAAAAAAGGCAGGGAGGGAUGGGAUUUGGAGCUUUUCAUUUGUUUGUAAAACCAAACUGGUCUUCAGCACAGCCUAAAUUGCAAUGUGGGUUUUGGAUGGCUAAGAUUGCUCAAGGAUUUAUUUUAGAGAAUACACAUCUGGAGUGGCCUUAUAGGUGCAAGCUUUGUGCUAGAAAAGUCCAGUGCAUACAGGACCCUGUUUGCCCCAGGCUAAAAAUUACCUAAGGUACAAAGCUGUUGGGGGUACUGGCUAUGCUGCUUUCUUGCACUGUGUUUGGUUUGGUGGGGAUAAGCGGGCAGUUUCAUUGUAAAGGUGAGCUAAUGGGAGGUGUGGGGUAGACUUCCUUUUUUAACUAACCAACCCCCCCCCUUUUUUAUGCAAAGCAGCCGAGCGUGUGUGUGCGUGCGUGUGCAUAUGCGCGUCUGCAUGCGGGCACGCACAUGCAUGUUAUGACAUAAUGCCAGAUUGGUUCUGGUCAACUGUUUGUGAGGAAGAAAUGUGUAUUCACCUCAAUUGCCUAAUUAUGCUGCAAGACGGUCUGAGCAUGUUAAAUGGUCCACAAACUAGUGUUCAUUUACAAAUUGCUGAAGCAGUCAUCUGACUUCUUAUAUUAUUUCAAAUGUUUGUAUUAGUUUGCUUUUGUGAUUUUUUUUUUUUUUUUUUUUCAUUAGCUUACUGCUUUCCCUGCCCUGAUACUUGACAUAAAAGACCUCAACCUGUGUGCUUAGUGUCUUUUGGUACCAAUUUUUUUUUUUUCUUUUUAAAAUUACAGUUAAAACUAUGGUGUCCUUUUCUUUUUUUUCCUUAGAAGUGUAACUUUUUUGGUUUAAAGGUACCAAAUAACGUGUAAAUAAAUUACUCCACACAGGCAGCUGGUGGAAUUAAAAAAAAAAAAAUAAAAAAAUUAAUGUUUAGGCUAGUACCCUUUGGGGGAAAAAAUGGGUACUUAUUUAAACAGGAUUGUCUUUUAUAAGGAGAUUUCAGACAUUUUAACAUUUCAGUUCGAAGUUGUGUACAGAUGCUGCAGAUGGUCUUUGUAUUUUAUACAUAUAUAUAUAUAUAGCAUGGGAGGGGGUUGAAAAUAAUAUGCCUUUAUAAUAAAAGCUGUCUAAAUAUCUAUUUGCCAAACAGACUUAAAAAGAAAUUUUACACAGUUCAAAAAGGGGAGUUAAGCAAGCAGAGGCUGAGUUGGCGAUAAGCGUGGGGGAGAGAUGGGGGCACCUCCUGCAGGGAGGAAGGGGAGCUAUCCACCUUUCCCUGGAAAUAUAGACAAGGUUCUGCAUCCUCAGGGUUGUACAGGCCUUGCCUUCUGAGGAAUUUGAACAACUGCUGUGUGUCUGUGUGUGUGUGCAUGCGUGCUUGUGUAUGUUGUUUCCUCCUCUUAAGUUAAACAUCUUAAUUUUUUUAAUUUACUUUUGAAAGACAGGUACUAAGUGUUAAUUUUAAAAUUUUCUCCACUCUGCACAGUUGCCUUAGCAAUAGUCAGUAGGGACUGCUCUGAACAUCUUUUGUAACUUUCAAAAGCAAUUUUGGGGUUUGAGUAUGUAUCUUUGACUUCUAUGUACAGAGUACUGAUAUAAAAGUGUGUGUAUAUAUAUGUGUGUGUGUGUGUGUGUAUAUAUAUAUGUACACAUUUUCAAAUUUUAAUUUCUGUUCACCAUUUAAAACAAGAUACUGUUAAUGCCAUUUUGGUGUUGCAAGAGUAGAGAAACUACCAAGCAGCUCAUCUUUUUUUGUCUGUUUCUAGAAAAUGUGCACUAUUUUGGCUGUUACUGGCUGUUAUAUCAUGACUUUUGUACUACACUGUAAACCAUGCGGGGGGGAAAUACGAAAUGCUGGUUGAUACGGUUAAAAGUGUACCUCCAGUGUCAUUAAGUACUGCGAGGUAGAGCUUAUUGUAGACUUAGUGAUGAUGGCAGUACAACUUUAUUCACCAUUUACUGCCAUGUAUUGAAGAGAUUUCUUUCAUUCCAGAAAUGCAUUGAAAAGUGUGUGUUUGUGUGUAUAUCUACACCCAGGCCUGCACAUGUGUUUAAUGUGCACCUGCCUGCAAUACCACUUUGAUAUUAACUGCCUUGUAUUUUUAAUGAAAAUGUAGCAAGGGGGGCAAAGGUUUUGGCUUACUCUCAGAUGGAAAGACAUUAAAACCAAAAAAUUUCUAACAUAUAUUUAAGCAAAGGACAAAAUCUUAAAUUUGCCUCUAACAUAAGAGACAGAAAUCUGUACCUCAAAUUGCUCUAGGCAGUAAGUUUCUAAUGCUGUUGCUGUGAUGGUUUAGAGCUCACUAUUUCAACUGAAACUAAAACCUUUGUGCCUGAUAACGAUUUAUUGAGUAAAGUAGCAGUGCCAGGAAGAUUGUAAAAUCCUGAUGCUGAGUUGUGAAUGUGAAAUAAAUUAGACUAAAUAAAAGUUCCUACCUUUCCACAGCGAA